UGUAAUUUGGUGAAUGUUGUUCAGACUCUUAAUAAGACCAUUCCAAAUACUGCCUUAAACAGUUAAAUAACUUAAAUCUGGGAAAAACGUUUCGACUGUAAUAUAAGAUAAUUUCAAUAUUGCUGGCUUAAUUAGUGGAGGGCAAAAUUAAUUUCCGGCGUAUCAGUUUGUCCGUAUAAAUCGCGCCAGGACGAUGAUGAGCAAUUGGUAUUAAACUGUGAAGGAAAUGGGGACCCCGAUGUAGCGACUGACGAAUAGAACAUGGAGUACGGUUGAGCCAUGAGCGAUUUCUACAAGAUUCUGGGCGUCAAGUCCACCGCCAGCGACGCCGAGAUCAAGCAAGCGUAUCGUCAGCUGGCGCUGAAAUGGCAUCCCGACAAGAACCCGAAGAACGCCGAGGAGGCCAAGAAGCGCUUCCAGGAGAUCAGCAACGCCUACGAAGUCCUCAGCGAUAAGACGCGCCGCCGCGACUACGACGCCUACCGCAAAGGCGGCGGCUCCUCGCGCUCCCGCUCUGGCUUUAGCGCCACGGCCGGCUUCCCCAGCGGAGCCUCCCGCUCCGGCAGCGACGCCCCGCCCCGCCACCACCGCUUCACCGUCUUCACGCCCGGCGCCUUCACGUCGCCCUUCGGCGAUCUCUUCCCGGGCUUCGGGAUGACGCGCGACCCCUUCGAGCUUUUCCGGGAGUUCUUCGCGCAGGCCGGGAUGAUGGCCGACCUCCAGGCGGAGACGUCGCGGGCGCCGGUGCGCUCCCCGGGGGACCUCCCACGCUCCUGGUCGGGAUCGGGCGGGGGCCCGCGGCCCUGGAGUAAUUUGGUGUCGUCCACGCGGGUCACCACGCAGAUCGUCAACGGACAGGAACGGACGGUCCGGAGUGUGGUGGAGAACGGCGUGGAGACGGUGAGCACCUACGACAACGGCCGCCUGGUCGGACAGACCGUCAACGGCGCCCCACAGGCAAUGGAGAUGCGCGACAACGGUCGGCAUCCCGGACAACGCGGCAGUGACGUCGUGGGACCCAAUCGCGGACAGCGCUCCUAUUUUUAUUCCAUACCAUUUUAAAUAAUGCAUUUUUGGCAAAAUUGCCCUGUUUUACACUGUACUUCGCUAAUGUGCAAUAAAUUAUAAGAUUUUGAACCAGACUGCGCUGUAAUUAAGUGAAAUUUUCUACAAAUUAAGAAAAGAAAAAAUUCAUCAGCUUCUUGCAAUGAUUGCU